AUGUUCUCAUCUUCUUUUAUGUUCCAGAAACCAAAUAGCACCAUAAGAAUCUUUGACCGCUCGGAUUACUACACAUUACAUGGAAACGAUGCUCUAUUCGCUGCUAAGGAAAUUUUUAAAACAACCUCGGUUUGCAAGAAAAUUGGACCAGAGCACAACAAAAUUGACGGCGUAAUCCUAAAUAAAAAUCAUUUUGAGACCUUCAUACGUGACUUAUUACUUGUGAAGCAGUAUCGCGUUGAGGUUUACGUGAAUAACGGCUCGGCCAAGAAUCAGGAUUGGAACGUUGAAUAUAAAGGAUCGCCGGGUAAUCUCGCUCAAUUCGAAGAGGUCCUUUUUAACAAUAACGACGUUGCCGUCGAGUCUGCCAUUUUGGCCGUGAAAGUCGGAUCCGAGGGCACAUCCAAGAUCGUUGGCGUCAGUUGUAUCGAUUCGAUUAAAUCGAUAAUUUCAGUAUCUGAAUUCGAAGACGGCGAUUCGUUCAUGAAUCUCGAAACGAUCGUUGUAUUAUUAAAGCCAAAAGAGUGCGUAUUACAAGUUGGUGAAGGAAAUACCGACUUUCAAAUUGUUAAACAGCUUAUGGAACGAAAUAACGUUUUGGUAACGCCAAAGAAGAAACGCGAUUUUAGCACGGAUUCCCUAGUACAAGAUUUAAAUAAUCUGCUGAGAUUCAAUAAGGGCCAACAGCGUAAUUCUCAAGCCCUUCCGGAAAUUAAUUUAAAGCGGGCAAUGGCUGCGACUGCCUCUCUUAUAAGCUACUUAAAUCUGACGGCGAGCUCCGGCGAGGGCGGACUGUUCACCCUCGAGGAGAUCCCGCGCAACCAGUACCUGCGUCUCGAUGCCGCGGCCAUCAAGGCUCUGAAUCUGGAGCCGUCCGGGCGCCUCGGGGCCUCGGCCAACUCGAGCCUCCUCGGGCUCCUAGACAAAUGCAAGACGGCCCUUGGCAAACGACUGCUCGCCCAAUGGAUCAGGCAGCCGCUCCGCGACCUCGCCCUCAUCAACGAACGUCACGAGGUCGUCGAGGCCCUCGUCGCGGACACGGACACGCGCUCCACGCUCAGCGAGGACUACCUCGGUCGUAUACCCGACCUCCAUCAGCUUGCGAAGAAGCUCGGCAACAAGAAGGCAGGCCUGCAGGAGUGCUACAGAAUUUAUCAAUGCAUGAUGUAUUUGCCAUUGUUCCUUGAAAAGCUCAAUGCACUUGCUCAUGUACCUGCUGUGAAAGCCAUGAUUUUCGACUCGUUGAGAGAAAGUAUCGAAGAAAUGGAUAAAUUUCAGCAGAUGGUCGAGCAAACUAUUGACUUGGAUUCUGCGGAUAGAGGGGACUUUUUGGUGAAGGCAGAAUUCGACGAUGAAUUAAAAGUGCUUAAAUCAGAAAUGGACGAUAUUGAGAAUAAAAUACAAAAGGUCUUGCAUAAAGCAGCGAAUGAUUUGGGAAUGGAGUCGGGAAAGUCUAUUAAAUUAGAACUAAAUCCCCGACUUGGAUAUCUUUUUAGAAUUACAUUGAACGAAGAGAAGAAUAUUAGAAAUAAUAAAUCUUAUACGGUUGUAAAUUCAAUAAAAGGUGGCAUCCGAUUCAAGAAUAAGAAUUUGGAAAUUCUCAACGACGAAUAUUUAUCGAAAAAGAAUUCGUAUACCAGUCAGCAAAAACUCAUUGUCGCUGAAAUUGUAGAAACGGCAGCUGGCUACGUUCCUCCAAUAAAGGUCAUUGGUGGGAUUAUUGCAACACUCGACGUGUUAAAUUCUUUUGCACAAGUAGCAGUAAGUGCGAGUGAGAUGUACGUCCGGCCAAAAAUGUUGUCUAAUGAAACGCAAGAGCUUCGUCUCGUGAAAGUUCGACAUCCGUGUUUAGAAAUUCAAGAUGGAGUUAAUUAUAUUGCCAACGAUGCUCAUUUUACAAAAGACAGUCGAUUUCACAUUAUCACUGGACCAAACAUGGGUGGAAAAAGUACCUACAUCAGAUCAAUUGGAGUAACAGCAUUAAUGGCUCACAUUGGAAGUUUUGUACCAUGCGAAAGAGCCACCAUAUCGAUAUUGGAUUCUAUUUUGGCGAGAAUAGGCGCUGACGAUUCGCAAAUAAGAGGACUUUCCACCUUUAUGGCGGAGAUGGUCGAGACAUCCGCUAUUUUGAGAACGGCAACCUCUAAUUCGCUAGUUAUAAUUGAUGAACUUGGACGAGGAACUUCGACAUACGAUGGUUGUGGGAUAGCAUGGGCUAUUGCGGAACACUUGGCAAAAAAUGUAAAGUCAUAUUGUCUGUUCGCUACGCAUUUUCAUGAAAUUACGCGAUUGGCCGAAGAUGUGCCAUCGGUAAAUAAUUUUCAUGUUACGGCACUCGUCGACGAAAAACUGGUACUGUUGUACAAAGUUAAACCUGGAAUUUGUGAUCAAAGUUUUGGAAUUCAUGUCGCUAGAAUGGCUAAUUUUCCCGAUGAUGUGAUCGAGUUUGCCAAACAAAAACAAGCAGAAUUAGAGGAUCUACAAGGUGCUGUAUUCGAAGGAUCGGACAAUCCGGAAAAGAAAAGGAACAUCAUUAAUGACGGCGAAAAGAUGAUCAAAGACUUCAUGGAAAAAUGCACAGGUUCUAAUGAAUCUUUCACGGAUGAAGAAUUAAUAAACAGAGUCAGAAAUUUAAAGGAAGAAGUUCUAGCUCAUAAUAAUCCCUAUAUCAAAGCAUUAUUAGGAAUGUCAUAAUUAUAUUAAAAAUCGUUCUAAGCGUGCAAACCAUUCAGUAUUAUUAUAAGGAACAAUG